AUGCAAUAUAAGACGGUGUCCUUGGCUUUUUUCGACAAUUACGGAAGGAACUUGCAGUCCAGCAUUAUGGAGGUGAAGUACGCAAUUUAUCUUAUUAUUCUAGCUUCAAUUCGUCACAAUGUUAUAUCAACAACGACAACUAAGGACGUACGAACAGGCGUACUUUUGAAACCCGAAAAGUUUAUCAACGGCGUCAUAGACAUCGUUCAGAGUCACAAGAAUAAACCGACUCAAAAUACUCAAUACCCCAAUUACCAACAAUACCCACAACAGUGGAACGCGCAAAGCAAUUACCAGAACGGAAAUUUCCAAAACGGGUUCAACUCUCAAACGCAGUACCAAGGGCAGUUCAAUUCGCAGAACCAAUACACUUAUCAAAACGGUUUCAACCAGAACUUCCCCCAGAACGGUAACUACCAAGGGUUUAAUGGCCAAGGGCAAGGUCAGCAAUACCAGAUCGUGUACCAAAACACCCCAAACCAGAACGGGAACCAGGGAUCUGGACAAUAUUUCACGACUCAACCUAGUCAAGGAGUUAACCAGGGGACAGGACAGUAUCAAACUAGUGCUGGACAGUAUCAAGGCUCCGGUAAUUACCAAGGUAAUCAGUAUCAAGGCAGUGGACAAUACCAAGGUGGUUCUGGACAAUAUCAGUCAACUGGACAGUUUCAAGGUAGCGGCAGCGAUGGUCAAAUCAAUGGCCAAGGUUUCAUGGUUUCCAAUGGACAAGCAGGACCAGGUCCAACCUGCGUUUGCCAGGCUUGGACUAAACCGCAAGCUGAUGCUCUAAGCGACACGCCCACACCAGACAAGGUGGAAAAAGCGUCCGACAUUAUGCAAUCCAGGAUGAUCUAA